AUGUGUGUGGGAAGGACAAGUGUAUCAAUGCUCCUGUUAUCCAUUGUGUUUAUAACAUUUUAUAAUUCGUAUACAAAUACUCAAAUAUGUACCAAGUCAAAAGUGACUUCGGAAGAUCGCUUGGAAAUAUAUACUGCAUCGAAAAGAGAACAUUAUAGAAAACCUCGUUGUUGGUUCAGGUGCAAACGUACUAGAUGGGUCUACCGCAAUAUAACCAGGACAAAAACCAUAACUGUGAAUACUCCAUAUAAUGAUUGCUGUCCAGGUUACGUCAAAGAUGAAAAUUACAGGACACUCCAGUGCAAACCCGUUUGCUCCAAGGCUUGUGAACAUGGUUUCUGCCAAAGUCCUGAAAAAUGUGCCUGCAAUGAAAACUAUGCACCAGAUUUGAACAAUAAGUAUAAAUGUACGCCAAUUUGCGUGAAGAGUUGUGGACAUGGUAAUUGUAUUGCACCAGAUACUUGUAAAUGCAACAGGGGAUACAGCUUUAUGAACAACACGUGUACGCCAGUCUGUAUUAAGCCAUGUACCAACGGCAUUUGUGUAGCACCAGAUACUUGUGAAUGUUUGUCAGGAUAUAAAAAGCCUAGCAAAGAUAAGACAGCUAGCCAGCUAGCUAAUGUAUGUGAACCUCACUGUUCUAGUGGCACGUGCAUAGCUCCAGAUACUUGUGAAUGUUUGUCGGGAUAUAAAAACUCUAGCAAAGAUAAGAGAGCAAGUUAUGUAUGCGAACCUCACUGUUCUAGUGGAUGUCUUCAUGGUAGCUGUGUCAGUCCAGAAAUCUGUGUUUGUGAUUUAGGAUAUUACGAGUAUAAAAACAACUUCACUUGUGUGGCUAAUGAUUCGUCUUCGAUUAAUAUGGCAAGACUGGACGGCUGGACAAGGUAUAAUUGGAUUUAUGCGGUAGCGGCGUUACUAGGAGCAGUAGUCAUAACAAUUUCUUUGUAUUUAUAUGUAACAUGCCGGAAAAGAAAUUUGACGCAAAGGAAUGUUGAUGAAGCUGAAUUAGAAGUAAGGCAAGCUGUUUUAAAGAAAUUCUUCAGAAAAGCGACAACCUCACUAUAA